GCUGCACCUGAAGGCAGCACAGACAGUUUGCAGACCAGAGGAAGCUGUGUGUGUGUGUGUGUACCUCUGUGUGUGUGUGUUCAUUCAGUGUGAUCAGAGCGUCAUGGAGGGCAGAGGAGGACUGUCAGAUGAGGCUGUGUCUGCAGCCUGUAAGCAGGGAGAUCCCAUCACGAAGGACUACAUGAUGCAGCAGACGAUGCUGAGGGUCAAAGAUCCGGCUAAAUCCCUACACUUCUACACCCGGAUCCUCGGCAUGACUCUGCUGCAGAAGAUCGACUUCCCCUCCAUGCGCUUCACUCUUUACUUUCUGGGUUACGAGGAAAAGUCGGACAUCCCGGGCGACAUCAAGGAGAGGACGGCGUGGACCUUCUCCCGCAGAGCGACUAUAGAGCUCACACAUAACUGGGGGUCAGAGUUAGAUGAAACUAUAUCCUACCACAACGGGAACAACGAACCUCGAGGAUUUGGUCACAUCGGCAUCGCUGUCCCCGACGUCUACGCCGCCUGUAAAGUGUUCGAAGAGCAGAAAGUGACGUUUGUAAAGAAACCAGACUCAGGUAAAAUGAAGGAUCUGGCCUUCAUUCAGGAUCCUGAUGGAUACUGGAUCGAGAUCUUAAGUCCCAACAACAUGGUCUCUCUGAUGACUCCAGAAAACAAAGACCCGGCGGGGACAAAAUAGAGACUUUUUAUUUUACAGGACAAACAUUUGAUACCAUGUUAACGUGUAAACAUUAAAACAUAAUGAAAGUA